UCAUAUCAUAUCACUCCUCCAAAAACCAUAACCAUAUACCAAACCCAAACACACUCUUCCACGCAUCACAAACUCAACUCAACAUCACCGGCCAUGGCCAUGGCAACCCAAGCCACCACCAGCCUCUUAAUCCCCAAAACCGGCGUCUCCGUCGACAGAGCCACCGCCUCAUGGAAACAAUCCAUAUCCACCACCUCAUUCGCCACCCCCAAACCCCUCAAACUCUCCCACACAGCACCACGCUCCGUAAGAGUCUUGGCGGCGGAGGAGACAAAGACUGAGGCUGCACCGGCGAAAGAAGAAGCCCCAGUCGGGUUCACACCGCCGGAGCUGGACCCCAGCACUCCGUCCCCGAUCUUCGGAGGAAGCACCGGAGGUCUGCUACGUAAGGCCCAGGUCGAGGAGUUCUACGUGAUAACAUGGGAGUCCCCGAAGGAGCAGAUCUUCGAGAUGCCCACCGGCGGCGCCGCCAUCAUGAGAGAGGGACCGAACCUUUUGAAGCUGGCGAGGAAGGAGCAGUGUUUGGCUCUGGGGACUAGGUUGAGGUCCAAGUACAAGAUCAAGUACCAGUUUUACAGGGUUUUCCCUAAUGGAGAGGUCCAAUAUUUGCACCCUAAGGAUGGUGUGUACCCUGAGAAAGUCAACGCCGGUCGCCAAGGAGUUGGUCAAAACUUUAGGUCGAUCGGCAAGAACGUUAGCCCUAUUGAGGUUAAGUUCACUGGGAAGCAACCUUAUGAUUUGUAAGAUUAUUGUUAUUGAAAAUACAUAAUUGUGCUACUCUUUUGUGAUUUUCUUUUAUUGUUAUUAUUAAUUUUAAUGUGUAUUUAUGACUAUGUACGUUCGUGAAGUUCAACAUUGUUCGUUCACAGUGCUUAA